AUGGAAGUAACCUUACCAAACUAUUCGUACGUGUUUAACUUUGAACAAGAGUUUGCACAUUACGAAACGAGGAGAUGGAUGAGAGAAAAUUGGACAUAUGGAUUUUAUUACGUCGGCGUGUACAUGAUAUUAAUAUUCGGGGGUCAGCAUUACAUGCAAUCCAGGCCCAAAUACAAUCUUCGAGGUGUUUUGAGUCUCUGGAACACUUUACUCGCCGGAUUCAGCAUUAUGGGAGCUUGCAGAACGGCUCCCGAAUUGUUACACACUUUAAAAAAUUACGGAUUGUAUCAUAGCGAUAAAGUUUCGGGAUUCUGGAGUUGGAUGUUUGUUUUAUCGAAACUUCCAGAACUUGGCGAUACCAUAUUUAUCGUAUUGCGAAAGCAGCCAUUAAUAUUUUUACAUUGGUACCAUCACAUAACUGUGUUGUUGUACUCGUGGUUUUCGUACACCGAAUACACUUCCUCCGCCAGAUGGUUCAUCGUUAUGAAUUAUUGUGUUCAUUCUGUCAUGUAUUCCUAUUACGCGCUCAAAAGCAUGGGAUAUCGUCCUUACAAAUCCAUACAGAUGAUAAUAACGACUCUUCAACUCAUUCAAAUGGUCGUCGGAUGUUUCAUUAAUCUUUGGGCGUAUAAUUUUAUAAAUUCCGUUCCGUCUUCGUCGUCAAUGGAAAGCAGCGGACCUUAUUUCUGUCACAUUUCCAAACUCAACAUAAAACUUUCCGUCGCAAUGUAUUUUAGUUAUUUCGUGUUGUUUUCGCGGUUCUUUUACAAGAAUUACAUAAACAAGGAUUACAACGUGAAAGAACAUCAUUCCAACGGUUACGAACAACAACAACAACAACAAACGAACAAAAUUAAAACGAGCAACAAGAGCGUGACGAGAGGUGGUGGAGUAGGAGUAGGAGGGACGCCGGCCGGAAAUGCCAUAUCCUCGAACGCGAUUGAAAAUAAUUACAAGGCAAAAUAUCAUUAA